AUGAAUUUUAAAAAUAUUACAUUAGAAAAAAACUCUAAACUAAUAAAUAUCAAUCAAAAUCAAUUUUUAACCAGUCUUGUUGAUAACUUAAAAGCUAGGCUCUUGGAUAAUGAACAAGAUAUAUCAAUACUCCAAGAUAUGCAAAUUAUAGAUGUAAGUGAGUGGCCAAAAGACAUAAAUUAUAAUAAUAUACGUUAUGGUGAAGAUGAAAUCAAACGAUUAUGUAAACGUUUUCAAGUCAAUAAGAAUGAUGCUAUCAAUGGUUUCAGACAAAUAUUAGAUGAUCAAACAGUUUCAUUUAAAAAUGUUAUGCCUGAAUUUUAUAACUUGGUACAAACAUUUCCUCGUUCAACAGCAGAGUGCGAACGGGGGUUCAGUCUAAUGAACAAUAUAUGCACUAAGUUACGUUCUACGUUAACUAUUAAACAUUUAGCCAGUCUUAUGUUUAUAAAUGUAAAUGGUCCUCCACUAGAUGAAUGGGAACCAAAAAGUUAUGUCAGUAGUUGGUUGGUAAAUCAUAAGACUGCUGAAAAUACCAGAACAAAAAAAAACGUCAAUAAGGAACCAGAAACAAGAGAGGAAAAAAAAAGCAUUUGGAAAAUAUUAUAG